CGCGUAUGAAUAUUCGCCAAAUCUCCAGUUAACAUCAUGGUCAUGGGGUUCAUGAGUGAAUAUAAUUUGUAGUGUAAUUUUUCUAAUUUCAAGUUUGUCAGUCGGGAAUUAACAAAAAAUUCAAAAUGCCGACUCAAGUGAAACUGGCCCAGAUGGUUGAUCUGGCUCUAGGGACCCCAGAAGUUGGUGCUGUCAAUUUCAAUGUUUUGCAUAGUUUGUUGCAUGCUAUGUUAAAAAGGUUAAAUAUUCUGGAUGUACAAGCAGAAAUAGAUGAAUUUGAUCGCGAUUUCCUUUCAUCCUCAAAGCAAAGGCAGAUUUCAAGCUUGAGUGAUAUAGAUAGUGGUAGGGGCGAGGAUUCUGAAGAUGCUCUUAGUGAAAAAUCAGCAUCCAUCAAAACUCGUCACAAAACGCCGUAUCAUAAUUUGGAAGUUAAAGUUGCAAAAAUGUCAGAACAGUUGGAGAAAUUUGGCAAUGAAUUACCAACAUACAAGGAGUUAUUUGAAAGGGGAAAUAUGGAUCCAUCAGCAAAUACUCCAGUUGCUGAUGUUUGGAAAUAUAUUAAAAUUCAAAAGAAAGUUGAUGCUAAUUCUGAUGGACUUGAUGAGUUGCAUAAUCUUGUUGAUGGAUUAAUGAAAAAUAUCAAGAAACUGGAACAGGAAAAUAAAAGACUGAAUGAGAAAAUUGGAGGGCUUAACAUCGAUGACCUCUUGAAAAGACUGGCGGAGUUGGAGAAGAAAACAGAUGAAAUGAAUGAGAAGUUCUCCCUGCUCCCCACCCCUGAGGAGCUGGCGCAGUUUGUGACCUGGCCCGCCCUAGAGGACGCCCUCCUGGGCAUCAAGAGGGACUGGGAGAACAUGCAGCCAGCAGAGAGGGUUGUGGUCGAAAUUUCCAGCCAGACAGACCCUUUCUCAGAUUCUGUUUUGAAGCCAGAUUCGCUGCCAUUCUCAGACUUGCAUCUUAAACCAGAGUCUGCACCACCGUCUCGUCCUGUGUCGUCCCGUCCCUUGUCACGUGUCAGCACUGCCAGCUCUGGCCCCUCCGCAGAAGUGCUAGAUGUUUUGGAGAAACUCGGAAAGUUGAGUGAAAGCCAUGACGCAUUGACCAAGAGGGUUGAGGCUUUGGAGGAGGAAAUAAAGAACAAGCUGGACAAGAGUGCUUUGGAAAAUCUGAAUUUGUCUGGAGAUCUUCUGGAGCAGCUAUCGAAACUAAAGGAAGAACUCGAUGCUUUAGCUCAAGCAAGAGAGAAGAGAUCAAUUGGGAGUCUUGAAUUAGGAAAAGGAAGUCUUGAGGGAUCCCUAACAAAACUCCAUGCUCAUGAGCUACAGGCCAUCGCCAUUGAUUGCCUGACUCAAAAAGUGUCCAAUCUUGAGGAUAAACUGAAAGUUUUCCAAGACAUGGUGAUGGAUGACAGUGCCUACCAAAGCCAGGUGUCAGAUCUGAACAGCUGGCUGGAGCAACAGAAGAAUCGGCCAGAUCCACUCGCCGAUCUCUACGACACUUCAGACAGUGUCCAGAACAUUCACAGUGGUAGCGAAUCCAAAGCCGACCAAAGAGACACUAAGAUGGAGAAGAAAGAAAGCAAAGCAGAGGUCAAGAAGAAGGAGAGCAAAGUAGAGCAACCAGCCACAACCAAAUCCGCAGAUGGUAGUGAGAAAGCGAAAAAGAAAGACAUCUCUGUAAAAGAAAAGCCAAAGAGAGAUGAAGUAGCAAAGCCCGAUUCACCUCCCAAGAAGGAAAGGUCUGAAGACAGCAAGGAGAGAAACCAUGACUAUGAACAAGAGAUCAUGACCAUCUUUGAAGAGGAAUACACUGAGAUUGUGUCUAUCGCAGAAAGUCCUGAACGUCCGUUCUCAAGCGCUGAGCUACAACAGGCCAACAACAAGCUGAAGAACUUGGCAUUUGUGCUGAAUGAUCAAUUGGUUUCCGUCAGAGAUAAAAUUUUCUGCUUGGAUCACGAGUUAAAGAGAAUGGCCAAAGGUGUAGAAUUUGCUCUGAUGAGAGCCAAAGUAGCAGGCAUGAAUGAAUUGGACAGCGAUGCCCUCAGCAGAGCCCAGCAGGCUAUUUUACAGCUCCAGGCCGAGGUGGAGAAACUCCAUAGCACCACUAAGGACAUCAUUGAGGAAAACAGCAACAGGGCUCAGCAAAUCGAGAGUCUGAUCCAGCACUGUGACAAGCUCCAGGAAACUAAGGCAGACAAAGAAUAUGUACAGAUGGAGGUUGAUGUUAAAGCAGACAAGAAGUCCUUGGACAACAAAGUCAACCAUAGCCUGUUCGAUUCUACGACCAACGAAAUCAACAAAAUGAUUAAAGAUAUCCUAGACAAGCUGGCAGGUCAUGAAGCAUCAUGGAAUAGCACAAUUAAGAAGUUUGCUGAUGACAUCGAUGGCAAACUUGAUCGGCUAGAGUUAGAUCCCCUGAAGGAGUGGCUGGAGAGCCGCCUUAAAGCAUUGAACGACAAACUCCGUCGGCAACAGGCACAAGUGGAAUGGACCGAAGAUGACGCUGCCGGCAUCAGAAAGCAACUGAUUCAGAAGUUCCAUUGCAUAAGCUGUGAUCGUCCGGUUGAUCUUGUACCAACUGGCCCAGUGCCAUCUCUUCCCACCACCAAUGGAUUGCCCCCCACAAGGUCACCGCGACCAUACACCACUUUCGAACUGGACCAGAUCAGACAGCAUGCAAAGAGGGGACCCAGAAACAACGUCAAUUUCGAGCGAGCAAUAGCCGAAAAGCAGUUGGCUCGCAUGCGCAAGUCCGAUCUGAAAGCGUUUCUCGUUCACUUUGGUCGAGACCUAGAGGCGUAUCGAGAGCAGCGAGAAGAAGCAGCGCAGGCUGCCUCUUUCGCUAACAGCGGGGAGGUGACGGACUACUACGCCACCAGCAGAGCUUGUGGAGGCAGCCACACCACGACCUACCCCAACAAGAGGAUCACCCGCCUCUCACAUCUCAGCCACUUGUUCAGAGAGGAAGAUGGAAAUGUUUACCCUAUCUACAAGGAGGAAGUAGAUGUGCAAGGAGCAGAUGGACACAUCUAUAAAGGCAGGAUGGGGACCAAGUUAGAGGCUAGGCUGCCAUCUGUGACACAGGAUUAUAAGGACAUGCCCCAGGCCUAUAUGUUGGAGCGAUCCCGCUCACCAGUUCCGGUGGCUGUCUCCCACAGGAAAACAACUGUAUCCCCACCCCCAGGGCACAGGGUGGUGCACCCUCAAAGGCCAACCUCGGCCAGGGCAUCUCCCAGGAGAUCGACCAGUCGCUCAGACUCCCGUCCCCAGUCGGCCCACCCUCAGAACUCCAGGGUAGAUAAUACUGAGGACUCAACCCACACGACCCCCGCCCCUGAUGAUUCUGUCCAACCAACAGACCAGCAACCCAUUGAGGUCCCGAUCCCAGGAGAUGCUUAAAUAUUUACAGGCUUCUGGAUAGCACAAUGAAUAUUUUUUAAUAUCAGAGAACAACUAUUUCUGUUUAAAAAACAAAGUGCUCCUUACCUUGCACCAUUAGUUUACAUUGUAAUCUUCUUCCUAGAGGUAUUUUAUGUUGUCGAUGAAAAAAAAUUCGCCAAGUUUUAUUUUUGAUUAAUUUUGAAAUGAAAAUGCUGGGAUAAAUAAAAUCAGCUACCGCAAGUGAAAUUUUGUUUUUUCAAACCAAAGCCACAUAUAAACCAUGUAAUUGAUCAAGACACAGAAAAGUUAGCACAGUUGUACAUUAAGUGGCCAUUUUUAUUGUUAGAGAACUGGGGUUUUUUUUAUCUAUGUGAAAUAUGUGUAUUGGCACCACUUUUUCACAAUGUGCAAUUUGAACGUGUAUGUAUAUAUACUGUUUAUUUUAAUUUAUUGCAUGCAUGUGUAACAGCAUAUUGAAAAAUCUGGAUUCUGCAAGUCUUGACGAAUAUUAUUAUAAGGACCAAUAUAUAACAUGUACUUAAUGUUCAUGUGCAGGGUUGAUAACUGCAAUAAAAUAUAAACUUAUUAUUACAGUAUUUUUAUAACAUAUAUAGAUUACAUUUGAUGUUCACGAUAGGUAUGUGUUAAAUAAGUAUUGUUAACUUGCACCAUGUAGGUCUAUGUGUAUGUCAUAAUAUGAAAUCCAUCUAGUGAUUAUUACUUUAUUUAUAUUUUAUUAUGCAUGAUAAAAUUCUUUGAUUUUUUUCGUUGUUGAUGCAAUACAUGAAAGUUAAUUCAAGUCUUAUGAUUUUUUUUUUUUCGAGUCAGUAGCAUUGUUUUGUAUACACACUUUCCAAGGUUGAGAAAAAUGACUGUGAUAUCGUUGUUCGUUAUAUAUUUACACCUAGUUAGAUAUUUUUGGAGAAAUUCUUCUUUUAUUGUUUUAUGAUUUAACUAAUUCGUUGUUUUAAUUAAGAAAUAUAUAUCUUUAUAAGCAUUCCAUAUGAUUUUGUUCAAGGAAGAAUUGUUCUUUUUUUUUCCGCUCAAUAUUUCAUUGGUGCUGUAGAUAUGAAAUAUUACUGAUGAAUUUCUCUGUCAGAUGCAAAAUCAGCAAGCUCAAAAAAAAUUUCUUUUGUUUGAAAACAUCUACAUGUAUAGUGCCAAUUUGGAAAAAUUGUACAUGUUCUAUAUUAAUGUGUCCCUAUUUGUUAAAGCAAAAUUAUUUUCUGAAUUUACACAUAUGAUUAAUGAUAAUGCAUUAUGAAAAACACAUGUACUUAAUUUUUAUAGCAGGAAUUGGAUAUAUGAAUUUAUAAAUCAAAAUAAUAAUUCAUAUUGAAUCAAAUGAUGUAAUAUGCACCAUAGAUGUGUGUGUCCCUCUCUUUCAAGCAUUGAUGUACAAUAACAUUCCGUCCCACAUGUAGACUCAUGCACAUGCAGUAUUGACCAGUAUUUAUAUAUAAUUAUAUACAUCUUCAGUCUUUGUUGAUCUAUAUUCUGCUAUAAAUAAAAAUCAUUUUUCUAA